CUCAAGAUUUCAACCUUUUCCGAAUUGGAGUCAGCCGCGCCCAAAGAUGCCAUCCUUGCGUCCAACUAGUCUUCGUAUAUAUCCGGCGAAAUGCGGGAAAAGGUCAAGGACGACACCAAGAUGCGCAUUCUAAACACCCACUACUACAUGCCUCCGGACGCGAUGACCGUCGAGCUUAUGACGGACGGCUACACGGACCCCGAAGUCAUAUCGUUUCUGGUUGCACGGCAGAAGAUGCCGGCACGGGACCCUACGUCGCCAGGAGGGAAUCAGGACCGGACUUAUCUUCAAUCGUCUUUGGGCAGCAGUGAAGAGAGAGGUUUUGACCAUCCUCGCCGAGGGCGUCUCCGUUCCGUCAGAGAUCGACGAACUGUGGAGGUCGGAUUGGACACCGUCGCCUUCAUUGAGGAGCACUACAUCAAAGAGAGAGGCUUGUCUCUGGAGAAGACAGUGGACUAUCUCAAGAAAGGCUUUCUCGAUGGCGGUAAACUAGGCAUGAAAUCGCCAAAUAGCGGCCUCUGCUCUCGCAUCUACACGCUCCUUGCCGUAGACUUAGGUCUUGCAAGAAACUAGGUAUCACUAACAUCCAGCAGCGUCAUGGAGAUUUCUAGAAACAGAAAAGCGCAGAAGACUCUAGGAACUAUGACUUGGCGAUUUGGCCUAAAUCGUCUUAGGGUUGUCUUCCAUAACCCUA